UGCCGCCCGCGGAGCCGGAAGUGACGCAGGGGGGCGUGGCCGUGGCGGGGGCGGAGCUGGAGCUGCGCUGCCUCGUGCCCCGAGCGCCCCCGGCGGCGCUGCGCUGGUACCGGGACCGCAGGGAGCUCGGCGGCGUCCCCAGCCGGGAGCAGCGGGGGCUGGUGUUCGCGCAGCUCAACGUGCUGCGGCUGCGCGUGGAGCGCGGGGACAACGGCGCCACCGUCACCUGCGAGGUGACGCACCCCGCGCUGCCCCGGGGACAGCGGCGCCGGGCACAGCUCACGCUGGACGUGCAGUGUGCGUGCGGGGCGGGGGACGGGGCAGCGGGGGCAAUGGGGGGACUGGGGGUCAAUGGGAGGGACUGGGAGGUCAAUGGGGGUAAUCUGGGGGUCAAUGGGGGGACUGGGGGUCAAUGGGAGGUCAAUGGGAGGUCAAUGGGGGGACUGGGAUGGACCGGGGGUCACUGGGGUCACCGGGGUCACCGGGGUCACCGUGUCCCCAGACCCCCCAGCGUGCGCAUCCAGGUGUCCCCGCGGGUGCUGCGCGAGGGGGACACGCUGGUGCUGAGCUGCAGCGUCACCGGGAACCCCCCCCCCACGGACGUGUCGUGGUCGCGCUCCAACGGGUCACUUCCUGUUCCGGGGCGGGCGGAGCAGCGGGCGGGGCCCUGGGGGGCGGAGCUUCGCGUCCCCGACCUGGGCCCCGGGGACAACGGUGACACCUACAGCUGCUCGGCGGGAAACGCGCACGGCCGCGGCAGCGCCAGCGUGGCCCUCCGCGUGCACGCGGCGGGGGCGGUGCUGGCCACGCCCCAGGCCACGCCCUUCGCCAUCGUGGGCGGGGUCCUGGCGCUGCUGGUGUUCCUGCUGCUCUGCCUGCUGGGGGCGCUGCUCUGGUGCUCCGUGCGCCAGAAAGGGUCGUACCUGACGCACGAGGCGAGCGGAUUGGACGAGCCCGGGGAGGCGCGGGAGGCGUUCCUGGGGGGGGACGGCGGGAAACGGCGCGAGGAGUUCUUCAUCUAGGGACGGACGGACAGCGGGACGGGGGACGGGGGGACAGGGGGACAAUGGGGGA